GGGCUGGCCUGUCCUCACCACCCCAUCCGGCCGCCUGCCCGUCCUCCCCAGGGCGGGGAAGGGGGUGGGCCAGCUCCCCCAAAGCCCCGGGAGAACAGGCUGUUGUGGGGGGUGGCAUGGGUCUGGAGAUGGGGGGCGGUGGUGGCCACAGCAGAGGCUCCAGGAGGUGACCGCCUGGUUUCCAUUAGGAAGUCCUGGUCAGCAGCUUGGGCGAGAUGGCAGAGUCAGGGCUGGCCAUGUGGCCGAGCCUGCUGCUGCUCCUGCUGUUGCCGGGCCCCCUGCCCAUCGCCGGCACGGAAGACGCUGCCUUCCCCCACCUGGGGGAGAGCUCGCAGCCCCUGCUCCGGGCCUGUCCCCUGCGCUGCUCCUGCCCCCGAGUCGACACUGUAGACUGUGAUGGCUUGGACCUUCGAGUGUUCCCGGACAACAUCACCAGAGCCGCUCAGCACCUCUCCCUGCAGAACAACCAGCUCCAGGAACUCCCCUACAAUGAGCUGUCCCGCCUCAGUGGCCUGCGAACCCUCAACCUCCACAACAACCUUAUCUCCUCCGAAGGCCUGCCUGACGAGGCCUUCGAGUCCCUCACCCAGCUGCAGCACCUCUGCGUGGCUCACAACAAGCUCUCAGUGGCCCCUCAGUUUCUGCCCCGGUCCCUCCGUGUCGCGGAUCUGGCUGCCAACCAAGUGAUGGAGAUCUUCCCCCUCACCUUUGGGGAGAAGCCGGCACUCAGGUCCGUGUACCUCCACAACAACCAGCUGAGCAACGCUGGCCUGCCCCCCGACGCCUUCCGCGGCUCCGAGGCCAUCGCCACCCUCAGCCUCUCCAACAACCGGCUCAGCUACCUGCCGCCCAACCUGCCGCCCUCACUCGAGCGGCUCCACCUGCAGAACAAUCUCAUCUCCAAGGUGCCCCGAGGAGCCCUGAGCCGCCAGACUCAACUCCGCGAGCUCUACCUCCAGCACAACCAGCUGACGGACAGUGGCCUGGAUGCCACCACCUUCAGCAAGCUGCAUAGCCUUGAAUACCUGGAUCUCUCCCACAACCAGCUGACCACAGUGCCCGCCGGCCUGCCCCGGACCCUGGCUAUCCUGCACCUGGGCCGCAACCGCAUCCGGCAGGUGGAGGCGGCUCGGCUGCACGGGGCGCGUGGUCUGCGCUAUUUGUUGCUGCAGCACAACCAGCUGGGGAGCUCAGGGCUGCCCGCCGGGGCUCUGCGGCCGCUGCGGGGCCUGCACACGCUGCACCUCUAUGGCAAUGGGCUGGAUCGCGUGCCUCCAGCCCUGCCCCGCCGCCUGCGUGCCCUGGUGCUGCCCCACAACCACGUGGCCGCGCUGGGUGCCCGUGACCUGGUCGCCACACCGGGCCUGACGGAGCUUAACCUGGCCUAUAACCGCCUGGCCAGCGCCCGCGUGCACCACCGGGCCUUCCGCCGGUUGCGUGCCCUGCGCAGCCUCGACCUGGCAGGGAAUCAGCUAACCCGGCUGCCCAUGGGCCUGCCCACUGGCCUGCGCACCCUGCAGCUGCAACGCAACCAGCUGCGGAUGCUCGAGCCCGAGCCUCUGGCCGGCCUGGACCAACUGCGGGAGCUCAGCCUGGCGCACAACCGGCUCCGGGUCGGCGACAUCGGGCCAGGCACCUGGCACGAGCUCCAGGCCCUCCAGAUGCUGGACCUCAGCCACAAUGAGCUGUCCUUUGUGCCCCCGGACCUGCCUGAGGCCCUAGAGGAGCUGCACCUCGAGGGCAACCGCAUCGGCCACGUGGGCCCCGAGGCCUUCCUCAGCACACCCCGCCUGCGUGCCCUCUUCCUCAGGGCCAACAGGCUUCACAUGACGAGCAUCGCGGCUGAGGCCUUCCUGGGGCUCCCAAACCUGCGUGUGGUGGACACGGCAGGGAAUCCGGAGCAGGUCCUGAUCUGGCUGCCUCCCACCACCCCACGUGGGCCACGGGCAGGGGGCCCCUGAUCCUAGAGAGGCCCAGCAGAGCAGCCCAGACUCCUGGGACUCCGCUGGGCCGUGGACUGAGGAGACAACGCCCACCAGGGGCCCUUGGUCUGGCUCUCCUGGGCCUCCAGGCCUGGGCCUGCUCUGCCUGCCACUGGCCGAGACACGGAGGCACACAGCUGGCAUACUCCAGGCUCACAGACCACGCUGGCCUGGCGGGACACACCCUACCCCAAACUCCCAACACAGAUGGAGGCAGCAACAAUAAAGCCAAACCCUUCCAGCACUCAGCACGGACCAGGCACCCUUCGGGGGCUCUGUCCACGGACUCCUCCCCACAACCAGUCCAGCUGGGGAAACUGAGGCUCUGGGAUGCUAAGUGGGUCAGGACUGAAUUUUGAGGUCUUGAGGCACACACUGGGGUCACCAAACAGCACCCUGUGCGACCCAGCCACGUGUGAUUGCAGGGACGCCCAAGGCCACCCACUGAAAAAACACUGGGUGACAGAUAUAGGGACCCUCACAUGUAUCCCCCCCCACAGCAAGCAUGGGAAUGAAAUGCAUUCUUCAA